AGCGAGGGUAACAGCACAGGUUGAACACCUCCGCUGCACGUACCUCAUCAGGACUCUUGCAAGAGUAUUACCUGCAUUACCCGUUGAAGCGUUCAAGCAUAUCAGCAGCUGACGCCUGUAAAGAAGCCGUGGUGACUGACCUGUGCGUACAUAUCUCCCCCUUGCCUCAGGCAGCUACAAGCAGUAGACUACUGCUGUAGUAUCAUGUACGCAACUGCUUCAGGAUGUUGGGCGCUGGCGGUGCUCCUCGCCUUGUAUACAUCUCCAUCUGGCGCAUUCCUAGCUCCAACGAAGGCAGCACUGGGUUGUUUCCACCAACAUCGAUCGGCAUCUAGCCCUACGUGCUUGUCUAUGACGGCGCGGGAUGAACUCGGCAGUGGCAGCAUCAGCAGCAGUCGGCGAGGCUUCUUGGAGGGGGGGGCUGUUGCCUUGCUAGCGUCGGUCGCAGCUAUUGGGCUGCCCGAACCCUCUGUUGCGAAAGGGAUCGACUUGUCAGAAGUGAAGGGCUUGGACGUCAGCGAAGUAAUGCACUUGGGCGCUGGCUCGUCGGGCGGGAAAGCGACGAAGCCGCUGAGAGACUGUUUGCUGAACGUCGAAAGGGUGCGCAUCUCGACCAAGCAGCUCGAGGACACCCUUACCAACGACGGCGCACCGCCGGGCCUGACCGGGCUUGUCAAGGGGCUCAUCAAGAACUACAAGCUGGACGAGAGCCUCCAGCAGGGUGCCAAGUACAUCGAAUCUAGCGGGGAUAGAAACGCGGCCGCGUCCGCGGGGAGAGAGGCGCUGGAGUACCUGGCGCAGACGGCGGAGUACUUUCCCGUUGAAGUGGAUGACAGGACCGGGGCGACCAAGAAACUCAGCUCGGAAGCUCUCGAGUUCACAGUAAAUGCCCUGAUCGCAACGCGAGCAAAACUCGAUUUGUUCUUGUCCAAGGUCCCGUCUGACGCACUAGCAGAGGCCAGGGCAGAGAUUAAAUCAGAGGGCGGCGACCAGUCAUGAGGCCGGCCUCAUGCCCUUGUUGCUGUUGCGGCGGAAUGCGGUCGGCGUCUGUAGUUCCUCAAACCGCGGCUUGUGUUACCCGGGAAUCUGUCUGUAGAGCUGCCUUGUGUCGGCUCCGUGUUUGAAUGUUGUCAGAUUUGCCGGUGGGAUACGGAUAUGUAUGCGGGGCUAGACACGGUCUGCGGACAAGGGUCAAGCACUAUGUCGGAAGAAGCGAUCGUGUAGAUCACGAGACCUUGUUUUUUGUUUUUUCGUUUUUCCCUACCAGUUAGGAAGCUCUUGCUUGUUGUUGAUUCUGAACUUCGGACUCGGUGAAGUAUUGUAGGCAUGUAACGGAAGAAGAAAAUCUAGGACUGAGUUCUUUGAAACCUUUCAUGUGACAUAACGUCACACCUCUUGCGCU